AUGGCAACAUCACAAGAGAAAGUUUGUUCUGGAAGUGUCAACGAGAGAACCUCACAGUUCUAUCGUACGAAGGAAUUGCCAGAGAGAUUUGAGAAUCCAAGUUUAUUUCGGGGCUAUGAUAGAAAACCUCAACACCCCAUGUACACCACAGAAUCAUCCAAAUAUGGCUCCAGAGCUCCGACAGUACACACGGUUCCUCUCUGUUUUCAUGCCACAUCCCAGAAGUUUUCUCAGGAACUUGGAAGAAGUGGGAUGCCUCGCAACUACUCGCUGAAUACUUCAAUGGACAAACAUUACAUCUGA